CUAGUACCGACUUCGCCUGUUUCUCACCUCCUUCCAAUACUCUCCACCACAGAGCCAACAUCAUCACUAUCACCACCAAGCUACACUUACCACCACACAACCUUCCGACAUUUUUCUUGUUUGCUUUUCAACAGUAAAUAUAAUUUAUUUUCUCGCUGCAUGGGAGGCUUCAACUCUCGUAGUAUGGACUUCGAGCAGGACCCGACCCUGGCCGCGGUCUUACAAUAUCUGAUACGAAGUGGACAAGUACAUAUCAUAGCUUCAGAUCAUGAUGAUUCUGACGAAGAAUAUGCGGCGAAUGUACUGCCACCAAAAAUCAUGUCUCUACCGAACACAUCGAGACUUGAUAAAAGUGAAAUAAGUUUAGCUACUAAGCAAGCAUGUGGCCUUAGAGAAGAUUCCGCCAACAAAAAUUUAUCUAUUGCAUCAAUGAUUCAAAAGAGAUCCCUUGGUUCUGGUUUUAGUAUAGGUGAAAAAUGUAGAAUAAGCAGCAACUUCUUACCGAACAAGUCACGUCAAGUGGCAAAAUAUAAUAGCAAAGUAUUUUGCGGUUCCUAUUCAAAAGAUGGAAGGUUCUUUCUCACUGCAAGCCAAGAUAAAUUGUUACGCCUCUACCAUACCGAUGAUGGCAAAUUUGUGGAAUUUAAAAAAAUUUCUGCACGUGACGUAGGUUGGAGUAUCUUAGACACUGCAUUCAGUCCUGAUGGAAACUAUAUUGUGUACUCAAGUUGGUCAGAAUGUUUAUAUCUUUGUCCUGUUUAUGGAGAUUCGAAUACGCAAGAGUCAUUAUCGUUAUGUCCUGGAGAUCGAAGAUUUUGUAUAUUCUCUCUAGUCUUCUCUAGCGAUGGUCGAGAAAUUUUAGGUGGUGCUAAUAAUGGCUUUCUUUAUGUAUACGACCGAGAAUGUCAUCAGCGUGCUUUUAGGAUCGAAGGUCAUGACGAUGAUGUAAAUACUGUUGCCUUUGCUGAUAACACGUCUCAAAUUUUGUACAGUGCAGGAGACGAUGGAUUGUGUAAGGUAUGGGAUAGGAGAACCCUUAGUGAAACAGAUCCACAUCCAGUUGGUGUUUUAGCAGGCCAUAUGGAUGGUAUAACAUAUAUUGAUCCACGUGGAGAUGGGAGAUAUUUGGUUACAAAUAGUAAAGAUCAAACGAUCAAAUUAUGGGACGUUCGCGCAUUUUCUGAUCAAAAUGGCGAGCAAAAUACUCGUAAAGCAGUUGCGAAUCAAAAUUGGGACUACAGAUGGCAAAGAGUACCCAGAAAAUUAUUUAAAGCUAAAAACAUGUUAGAAGGUGAUACAAGUAUCAUGACGUAUCGUGGUCAUUCCGUCCUUCAAACCUUGAUACGCUGUCACUUUUCUCCUUCUGCAACAACAGGUCAAAGAUACAUUUAUACGGGAUGUGCUUCAGGGAGAGUUAUAAUUUACGACGUUUUAACCGGACAAAUAGUUAAUACAUUAUUGGGUCACAAAAAAUGUGUGCGCGAUGUAAGCUGGCAUCCAUAUCAUCAAGAAAUUGUUUCGACUUCGUGGGAUGGUGCGAUAAUUAGUUGGCGAUAUUCUGGUAAAACUGGAUUCUAUCAUUUUGAAUCGGAAGAUGAAAAUGAUACGGAAACAGCACCACGUACAUUACGGCGAAGUCAACGUAUCGCUGCACAAAGAGCAAAACAUGCAACUACUUGUUGAAAAGGAUCGUGAGAGUAAAUAUUUCUUGGGGUUGAUACAGCCUUUUGUUCGAAGUUAGUGUUACUGGCGUUAACGAAAUUGCCAUAUCCAUGGCUGAGACUGUUCUUUAAUCUACGAGAGUAAAUUUUAUACAAGACUGAACGAAAGAUAUUUGUGUUUGUGAUCAGCGUUGUGAAAAUGUUCUUAUGAUUUUUAUGGGAUAUUAUUCUCUAUUUCGAGAAGUCGUCCUUAUCUCGCUGAAAUGAGCUUCCGUUUCUAUGCCGCUUAUAUAAAGAUUUUCUAUCCCGAAGAGUAAAAUUAUACGUUGCACCAUAAUAAAUAAAAAAAAAAAAAAAAAAGAAAAAAAAAAGAAGAAAAUAAAUAAAUAAAACAGAAAAAAUAUCAUAUAAUAAUAUUAUAUAUAAAAUACUGCUAACAGAAUAAGAGCAGGACAUCGUUUAUAAUUAUAGCUCCUUGACUGUUCGUAGUUUCGGGGCUCAUUUUUAUCAAUUUCAAAUUUGAUACUUGAUCCAAUGAACAUUCUCAAAACAUAUUAAUUUUUCUAUAAUUAAAUAUUUCAGUAAAUUAUUACGUUAAGGGCAAUAUAGAAGGAGAAAAAA